UACAAAAUUCAAAAAGUAACGAAAAAAAACCAACAUGAAAAAUAUUUUGUAUUGACAUUUGACAAUGGAUAUUAUCAUUAUUCAGAAUCUUAAACUGAAUGUUAAUUGAUGUACCUAAAUGUGAAUUGACAAGAAGUAAGAAUGAUCCAACGACAGGACAAAAUAGCAGUUGGUGCCAAUGAACUACAUCUUUAUCUUAUAGACUGCGCUUGUGCAGUAGUUCAUAAAUGAUUUAUGUUUCAGUUUGAAACCAUAUCUCGUGCCUAAAACAUUGAAUCAUAUAAAAAAAUUAUAAUGCUUUUGUUACCCAUCAGUAAUUUAAAUAAUUGUGUUCAAGAUGAAAAUAAGUAAGAUAUUUACUUAAACGCGAGAAAUGGGGCUCGUUCAACUUGUUUAUUUGUUUUGGUUAAGUUAUUAUAAUUUUGUGGUUUUUGCUGAGGAUACCAAUAUCCUUUGUAAUGUGACGGUUAACGAGCGUUUGGAAUAUAAAUUUGAUUCAGAUAUUGUCAACACUGAACAUAUAAUUACAUUCAAAGGAUAUUAUUCCAAAACUACCAGAGAAAACUAUGUGAAUGCUGCACUGAAAAAUGCCCAGGUAUCAAAUUGGACCAUACUCCAGCGUAAUAAUCCCGCUAUGGAAUAUCCUAGUGACUUCGACGUCAUAGUGUUCGGGGAGAAGAUAAGGGAGGGGAUCGAUGCUUUACGUGACCACCCAGCUGUACGCCGGGUAACUGCGCAGCGGCAGGUGCAACGGACCAUAAAAUACGUGCGCGAGGAUGACUGUGGGCCGUCUGGUUGCAUGUACUCCGGAUGGAGGAACCACCGCCGUUCGAGGGUGCUUCAUUCAUUACGUAAAACUAGAGAAAAUGGAGGCUACACCUCUAGAAAACUUCUCCGUACUGUACCUCGUCAAAUAACAUCUGUUCUGAAAGCUGAUCUGCUGUGGUCUUUGGGAGUAACCGGGGAGGGCAUCAAAGUGGCGGUGUUCGAUACGGGACUAGCGCGACACCAUCCCCACUUCGGGCGGGUUAGGGAGCGUACAGACUGGACCGGCGAGAAUACAUUGGACGAUGCCUUAGGUCACGGCACCUUCGUAGCUGGUGUGAUAGCGUCUCGUUCGGACUGCCUCGGCUUCGCUCCGGACGCGGACCUACACAUCUUCAGAGUUUUCACAGAUAAUCAGGUGUCAUACACUUCGUGGUUCCUGGACGCGUUUAACUACGCCAUAAUGCGUAAGAUAGAUGUCCUGAACCUCAGUAUUGGUGGUCCAGAUUUUAUGGACCAUCCGUUUGUGGAUAAAGUAUGGGAACUUAGCGCUAACAAGGUUAUAAUGGUCUCUGCUAUCGGCAAUGACGGCCCAUUAUACGGGACCCUGAACAAUCCAGCCGAUCAGAUGGAUGUCAUCGGAGUGGGAGGCAUCGGGUUUGAUGAUCGCAUCGCCAAGUUCUCGUCGAGAGGCAUGACGACCUGGGAAUUACCUUAUGGCUACGGUAGAAUGAAACCAGACAUCGUGACCUAUGGCAGCGGCGUCCGUGGUUCAAGCGUUAAUGGCGGCUGCAGAUCACUCAGUGGUACGUCUGUAGCUUCCCCAGUGGUCGCAGGUGCUAUAGCACUCCUCGCUAGUGGUGUUCCCCGUCAGAAUUUAACACCAGCUGCUGUCAAGCAAGCUUUGUGUAUAACAGCACGCCGUUUGCCCGGUUAUAAUAUGUUUGAACAGGGACACGGGAAACUAGACCUUAUUAGCGCGUACCAGUUUCUUCGCGAGUACGAGCCGCAAGCGACUUUGAGCCCAUCAUACAUUGACCUCACCGAGUGUCAGUACAUGUGGCCGUAUUGCACUCAGCCGCUCUACUAUAGCGCUCAACCCACCAUCGCCAACGUCACCGUUAUCAACGGGCUCGGCGUGGUGGGUGAAGUGAAAAAGGUCAGCUGGCAUCCUCAUUUGCCUCACGGUACAAUACUGGCUGUUGGGGCGGAUUACAACGAAGUGCUUUGGCCUUGGUCCGGAUGGUUGGCACUCAGCUUCACAGUUUUGGAAGCGGGCGCUAACUUCGACGGCGUCGUUGAAGGUCACAUGAACAUUACGAUUGAGAGUUACGACGAGGUCAAUGACCGUGUCAUGAAAAAUACGACUCUCAUGCUUCCAAUACGUGCUCGCGUUAUCCCGGUGCCAGUACGCGGUCGUCGUCUGCUGUGGGACCAGUUCCAUAGUCUCCGGUACCCUGGCGGCUACUUCCCGAGGGAUGAUCUUCGUGCCAAACACGAUCCACUCGAUUGGCACGCCGACCACGUGCACACCAAUUUUAGAGACAUGUAUAGAAGAUUAAGGGAGCAUGGAUUUUAUGUCGAGGUUAUGGGUAAUCCCCUAACUUGUAUCGAUACUUCGUUGUAUGGAGCGUUGCUGCUCGUUGAUCCCGAGGACGAAUACUUCCCCGAAGAAAUGGCGACUUUGAAGAGGGCUGUAGACUCCGGUCUUUCACUGAUUGUUUUUGCGGACUGGUACAAUGCUUCCCUGUUGAGACACGUCAAAUUCUAUGAUGAAAAUACACGACAAUGGUGGAUUCCUGAAACUGGUGGUACAAACGUUCCGGCGCUGAACGACCUACUAAGCAUGUUUCAAGUGGCGUUUGGUGAUCGCGUGUUUGAGGGGUCGUUCAAGUUGGCUGGCCAUCCAAUGUACUACGCUAGCGGCACACACAUACAUAGCUUUCCAGAACAUGGUGUCUUGGUGUCAGCGAAGCUAUCGGAUCAGGGGCAGCAGAUAAUGUCAGGCGAAAAGUCUGGAGGGGGUCAGACUCGUAAGACGGUGGAAGUGCCGAUAUUGGGAUUGCUGCAGACUGACCCUGAAACGCGUGACUACACCAAUGACACUAAUGAUAAACUACCCAAGGCUGGGCGAUUGGUUGUUUACGGCGACUCCUCCUGUCUGGAAGGAGGAGCGGCCAGACCUUGUCACUGGUUACUUCUGGCAGCUCUGCAAUACGCAUUGGUCGGACAUAUGCCGUCAUCGCUCUUGGACGCAACGACAUCUACACAACACAGAGACGUUAACAUAAUACCAUCAGAUCUCCCGAAGCGUGCUGAAGGUGGUCGUCUCCACGCGUACUCUCGGGUUCUGUCACCAGAUGGCAGCGGUCCGAGACCAUUGCCCGAUUGCGUGGUGACAAACCCCAUGGACCCUGAACCCGUACAUGCACCACCAUCCGCUAGGACCCUUGCACCAAGACACAAACCCACCGACCCCAAGAGCAUUGGCGCACCGGAAAUCGAAGGCACGGAAGCAGCACCCCGAGCGUGGCGUGGAGCUGGAGUCGCAGCAGCUCGCAGCGUCGAGGCCGAUCCCAUCCAGACAUCAUUCAUCAGUCGACUCAUAUCAAUAUGCUCCGUGUUCGUGAUAAUAUAUUGCAUUGCUGUAUUCUGGAAACGAUGUGCCCGUAUUAUCAAGAGACGCAGACUUGUCUCACUGGCCACCUAGCAGGAGGCCACGCCAUCCGAAGAGGUGGCGAAUGGGAGCGAAUAAACCCCAUUGUACACAAUGUACACACUAAGGCCGACGUCAAAAUAACUUGCUAAGGCCGACGACACAACCACAAAUUAGGGAAUGUCUCUAAUGAUGGUCAUAAAUAUUAAAGACCUCUUGUCUUCUUAAAGUUCUAUGUUACUGUCUACGUUUUUGGGCUGAAUUGUAGCAUGGCUUUAUUGAUGUUGAAGAUUAUAAAAUAAUAUGCAUAUUCUAUCCUAUCAACGUGUAGAGCUUAUGACGUCACUGUGUACCAUAGACUAAGGCAAAGUCUACUUCUAUUUAAAAGUCCAUGUUUCUUGUUAGUGUUUUAUUACACUGUCUACAUUUUUGGGCCGCUUUAAAGUCUGAAAUGUAGGUAGUUAUAUUUAAAAAAAAAAAAAUCGAUAUUAUCAAAUAGUAGAGCUUACGAUGGUGUUAUAUACUAUAUAUCAUAGACUAAAGAUAAAUUCUAUUGCGGGUCGAAUAUUAAAGACACGUGUUUGAAGUUCUAUCGUAUUUCCUAUUUCGGGCUGAACUACAGCCUCUGACUUCGAUUGACGUUAUAUAUAAGAGAACGAUACGAUAUAUAUAUGAAACGUUAUCAAAUUGUAGAGCUUAAGGUGGUGUUGUGUAUCCCACAGACUAAGACUAAAGUCUAAUUUAUCUCUUAUUAUAUAAUCUUAUUAAAAUUCUACUGUAUUGCCUAAAUUUUUUGGGCUAAAUUAUACCCCUCGACUGUUUUAAUAUAUUAUUUAAUUAUUAUUAUUUUUUUAAUUAGUUAGUAUUCGUCAAUUUCUAGAACUGUAAAUGACGUUUAAAUUAAGCUAUAAUUGAAUGAAAUUUGGAAAUGUUUAUUGACCUUUUUAUAUUUUUUAUAUGUCCUAGACUUGUUUUUCUUAUUUACGCGGCGUAAUUUUUACGAAACUGCGAUCAUCAAUGACUUCGUACAUCUCAUUUUUCUAUAACCUAAACUAUCCUUCUAUUCCUGAACAACUAACUGUAUUGAAAUAAAAAUAAUUUUAGCAAUAUAUAAUAAAAUAUAUAAUUUACAAUGUCUGUUUAAUAAAAAAAAAAAAGUGUUAGUAAUAAUUGGUGUCGCAGAAUAUCUUUACUUAGUAGCAUGACUAUUACGACCUCUGUUGCGAAAAUAAUGUUAUUUUAAGUAGGAGAAUUAAAAUUUAAUUAAUCAUGA